GCCUCGGGAAGAACGAUGGAGCAGUUCACCAUCCACCUCACCAUCGGUCCCCGCAGCAAGGCCAUGUUCCGGCUGACCUACGAGGACGUGCUGAAGCGAAAGCUCAUGCAGUACGACAUUGACAUCAAAGUUAAGCCCAAGCAGCUGGUGCAUCAUUUUGAGAUCGACGUGGACAUCUUUGAGCCCCAGGGGAUCCGUAAGCUGGAUGUCCAGACCUCCUUCCUCCCCAAGGAACUGGCAACUCAACUCAUCAAGAAGUCCUUCUCAGGCAAAGAGGGUCAUGUGCUUUUCCGCCCCACCGUGGGCCAGCAGCAAUCCUGCUCCACAUGCUCCUCUACCUUGCUGAAUGGGGAAUUCAAGGUGACCUACGAUGUCAACCGAGACCAGAUCUGCGACCUCCUGGUCGCCAAUAACUACUUUGCCCACUUCUUUGCCCCCCAAAACUUGACGAGCCUGAACAAGAACCUGGUUUUUGUGAUUGACAUCAGCAACUCCAUGGAAGGCCAGAAAGUGAAGCAGACGAAGGAAGCACUCCUUAAGAUCCUGGAGGACAUACGGCCAGGGGACUACUUCGACCUGGUCCUCUUUGGGUCUCAAGUGCAGUCGUGGAGGGGCUCACUGGUGCCGGCAUCCGCUGCCAAUCUGCAAGCAGCUCAGGACUUCGUGCGGCGCUUCUCCCUGGCCGGGUCCACAAACCUGAAUGGAGGUUUGCUCCUGGGAAUUGAGAUCUUGAACAAAGGUCAGAGAGGCAUCUCAGAACUCAGCAACCAUGCCCCAAUUCUUAUCAUGUUGACAGAUGGCGAGCCCACAGAGGGAGUGACCGACCGUACCCAAAUCCUCAAGAACGUCCGCAACGCCAUUGGGGGCAAGUUCCCGCUCUACAACUUGGGCUUUGGCCACGAUGUGGACUUCAGCUUCCUGGAGGUCAUGUCCAUGGAGAACAAUGGACGGGCCCAGAGGAUCUAUGAGGACCAUGACGCCUCCCAGCAGCUUCAGGGUUUCUACAACCAGGUAGCCACCCCCUUGCUGGUGGAUGUGGAGUUGCAAUACCCCAAGGACACUGUUUCAGAGCUGACCCAGCACAGCCAUAAGCAGUACUACGAAGGUUCGGAGAUCGUGGUGGCUGGGCGCAUCGCUGACCAGAAGCUGAGCAGCUUCAAGGCGGAUGUGCGGGCCCGUGCGGAUGGCCGAGAAUUCAAGACAACCUGCCUAGUGGACGAGGAAGAGAUGAAGAAACUGCUCCGAGAGCGGGGCCACAUGCUGGAGAACCACGUCGAACGCCUCUGGGCCUACCUCACCAUCCAGGAGCUGCUGGCCAAGCGGAUGAAGUUGGAGGGGGAGGAGAAGGCCAAACUGUUGGCCAAGGCCCUGCAGAUGUCGCUAGCCUAUCAAUUUGUGACCCCGCUGACCUCCAUGACCAUGAGGGGUUUGGUAGAUGAGGAUGGCCUGGAGCCCGUCAUUGACAAGCCAACAGAGGGGCCGGGACCCCAGGAGAUGGUGGGACCCAAAAAGACGUUCGUGCUGCCGGCCUGGCAGCAGCCUUCUCCGACUCGCCCCACUGUCCGGAGGCCAAUCACAAGUGUGGACACGGACCCCCACUUCAUCAUCCACGUGCCCCAGAAAGAGGACGCACUGUGCUUCAACAUCAACGAAGAGCCUGGUGUGGUCCUGAAUCUGGUGCAGGACCCCAACACAGGCUUCUCAGUGAAUGGGCAGCUCAUUGGCGAUAAGGCCAGGAGCCCUGGGCAGCAAGAGGGUACAUACUUCGGACGGCUGGGGAUCGCAAACCCUGUUACGGACUUUCAACUGGAAGUGACUCCUCAGAACAUCACCCUGAACCCUGGCUCACAUGGGCCUGUGUUUUCCUGGAGGGACCAGGCUUCGCUGCGGCAGGAUGGGGUGGUGAUGACCAUCAACAGGAAGAGGAACCUGGUGGUGUCUGUGGAGGAUGGAGGCACCUUUGAGGUUGUCCUGCACCGGGUGUGGAAGGGGAGUGCCAUCCACCAGGACUUCCUGGGCUUCUACGUGCUAGAUAGUCACCGGAUGUCGGCGCGGACACACGGGCUGCUGGGACAAUUCUUUCACCCCUUUGAUUAUAAAGUGUCCGACCUGCACCCAGGCUCCGACCCCACAAAGACAGACGCCACAAUGGUGGUGAAGAACCAACGACUUACCGUCACCAGGGGCUUGCAAAAAGACUACAGCAAGGACCCCCGGCAUGGGACCGAGGUGACCUGCUGGUUCGUCCACAACAAUGGGGCCGGACUGAUCGAUGGUGUUCACACUGACUACAUCGUCCCCGAUAUCUUCUGA